CCUGCGCUCUCAAACAAUUCGAAGUAGUCUCCUACGCUGGAGUCACCCUGAGCAAUCAUGAACUUCAGAAACCUUUUCCUGUCUUUCUUCUUCGUUCUGGCCGUUGGGCUUGCUCUUGUCCACGCCGAGGACGCUCAGCCCCGGGGCCCCAAGAUCACCAGUAAGGUGUACUUCGAUAUUGAACACGGAGACAAGCCCCUUGGCAGAGUCGUGCUUGGAUUGUACGGCAAGACUGUUCCCAAGACCGCUGAGAACUUCCGUGCUCUCGCUACUGGAGAGAAUGGCUUUGGUUACGAAGGGUCUACUUUCCACCGUGUCAUUAAGGACUUCAUGAUCCAGGGCGGUGACUUCACCCGUGGCGAUGGCACCGGCGGAAAGUCGAUCUACGGCGAGAAGUUCGCAGAUGAGAACUUCAAGCUGAGACACACGCGUAAGGGACUCCUGAGCAUGGCUAACGCCGGCAAGGACACCAACGGAUCCCAGUUCUUCAUCACCACCGUCCCUACUCCAUGGCUUGAUGGUCGCCACGUUGUCUUCGGCGAAGUGCUCGAGGGCUACGAGAUUGUCGCACAGAUUGAGAAUGUGCCCAAGGGCCGUGGUGACAAGCCUGUGGAGACUGUCAAGAUUGUCAAGAGUGGAGAACUGGAGUCGGAAGACAAGGCCGAAGAGAAAGGUAGCAGCCAUGAGGAGCUGUAGACCUGUUUCCUGUGGUCUCGGCCUGUUUCUCGAUAAGACUGUGAUGUGCUGAUUACUCGUAAAGAAUCGAGCUCUGAAGAAUCGUCACAACCUUCAGCUAUCCCUGUUGUUCCUUCUCCAACCCCUCUGCCAAUGACAUCUGACAACACUCCCUAUAUCUUCCCGAAAUUUGCAGCGCUUGCCAUUGUUGUUGGUAUCUUGGUGGUGCUGGUCCGAAGCAGCCUCAAGAGACAACAGGAGAAGGCUGAGAGGAGCGUCGUUUGAGAGAUAGCCUCAUUACGUUUGCGAAAGCAUAUCGAAAGUAGACCUUAUUUCACGAUUGCAACUCCAACUUAUCUAGUGAAAGCUCCUAUGACUCCAAUAUAG